UUUCAAGACAAGGUUUUUCUUUGUAGCCUUGGCUGUCCUGGAAUUUGCUCUGUAGAUCAGGCUGGCUUCUAAGUUAUAAAGAUCCAUCUGCCUCUGCCUCCAAGUGCUGGGAUUAAAGGUGUGGGCUUAAUGAGCUUUUCUAUGAUCCAGCUAGUUCUCCAGUAACUGAUACUGAGACUUGUCAAUUUUUUUUUUAGACAAGUUUUAAGCAGAAAAACUGGGCAGUUACAAGUUAAACUAAUUUUCUAUGCCGAUCUGGUUAACUCCCCGCGGUGCUCUCCAGGUUACUUGCUAAUAUGUCGUCCUGUCUGGGCUGGAUAUGCUCCAUCAGGUCAUGUUCUUUCUCUCCAUCUUUUUCUCCUUCUUUCUCCUCAUCUCUCUCUCUCUCUCUCUCUUGUGGUCCCUUCCUGAGAACCCAAGCCUGGGAACCAAAGCUACGCCCACUUCUCUACUGCCCAAUUGCAGGCUGUCCAGCCUCUUAGUUAACCAAACAGAGAAUAUUGGGGGACAAAGUUUUACACAACAUCACUCAGUGUACAUGAGAAUGUACUCAUCUGGAUGUCAACCAGAUCUUGGGGCUCAGAAUUUAGCAUUUAUAUACAUAGCACCAGACCAACUCCCAACACAGCCCAUUUCCUACUACGAGGUCAGGCACAGCCUGUGGCCCCAGGGUGUAAGUCCCCAGAGCUUCCCUCCAGCUGAAUACUUGCCAGUGGCUUAGCAGGGUUGUGCUGAUCCGCACCUGUCCCUCCAGACAGCCAGGAGCCCACUGAGACUCCCUUGUGCCAUUUCUACCUCCAGGUAGUUUUCCCGGGUGUGAAAAUGAAGAGGAGUUUGUUAAUCCAGAGUCCUGUCCGUUUCUGCAUCCAUGUCAGCAUCUUGAAGCCAUUCUCUUCAGGCACUGAUCUCCUUUGGCUUGUGACAGAAAUGAACAUACAGAUGUUAUUCUGCAGAAUGGCAGACUCUUUUUCUGCUCACCUCAUAAUCAUGAGUUUCUAGGAAGGUACCUGCUCGCUACAGACCAAAUAAACUCUGCUGAUUGGCUGCAUCUUAUCAUGGCCAGGGGUUCUUUCAUCAGCUGUCCCAUUGCUGCCCGCUGCCUUAAGGUGCCUUCUUGACUUGCAGAAUGGGCUUUAGUGCAGAGGGGGUCCCAGCACACCGUAUCAGAGAAAGACUUUCCAGGUCUGGAGAUGUCCUUCAGAGCGCUGUGCUGUGUGCACUCACCUAUGAGUGAGUAUUCGAGCCGAUAGCAAGUGUACUAUUUGUUUUGUUUUUCUUUCUCCACUCUGUGGCUGUUCUCUGAACCUUCCCCCCCUUUCUCCUUUCUUCUGUCCUUUCUCUGGGCACCUAUCCUUUGUCCCCAUUUCUGGGUCAUCUGCCUCCACCCACACCAUUCCUUGUUUCCUGUGUGUUUGCCCUCAUAGCUGUCAGGCUCCGGGCACAAUACAGAUAACAGUGGUCGGUUCAAAGGCACUGUGGUAGAGUGGUUAGCGGGCAGUGCUGGCUCUACAUCAAGUGUUUCCGCUGUCAUUGCAGACGGUGGGCAGCAUUUGGGCAGCUGAUAAAGAAGUUCUUGGUGUAUUAGGGCUGUCUGUCUCAGAGCCCUUCAUUUGGGUCUCAAGUGCUUAAACCUACUGGAGUCGGUUCCUGUAGCUUUCUCAGCCAGUGGAGUUGGUUUUGUCUGUAUCAGUGGUUAUCAUAGCUUGGUUUUCCUGACUAUGAAUUGGGGUGACAGCAGUUGCUAAAGGGGGUUAUAUAGUAGUGAAGGUGGGAGCUAAGGGCCCUACGUAGUUGGUUGUGUUCUCGUUGGCGCUGAGGAGAAUGGUUUGGGGUUAGGGUGCUAGCCUUGUGGGAUGAAAGUCAGCUGCCCCAUGGAACACUCCGUAGGCUGGGUCAGUCCAGUGGUGCUCAGGCUGAAGGGUGGGGAGAGGGGUCAGAGUCCUUGUAGGAGGCUCCCCUGUGCUGGGUCCUACAUUCCUGGUUCAGCUCAGCCGGGUCCGAAGCCCAGUUCUGGAGUGUGUGUGACGCCCGGAAGGGGAGGCUCCCCUGAGAAAAUAUUGACAGCCCUCCUGUCUCCUAGCUGCCUAGAGAUUGUCACCUGUGGACGCUGGAAGCUGGAACCCUAGGACUGACCAUACACCCUGACCUUUGCUACCAUAGCUUGUUCGACCUAGCUGUGCUGACUGAAAAACUAGCCAUAAGGACUGAGGGCAGCCAGCAUGGAAGAAGAGCAGAGGUUCCUAGGGGCUGCCAGGGGCUUGGUGCUGAUUGGCCCUGCCCUCCAUUCUCCUAGGCAGGGUGCCAGGAAGCUGGAACUUUGUUAUCUGGGUAAUUAGCUUCAGACCCUGGACUGAGGCCGGCCUGGUCUUAGGGCUACUUCCCCCAGGCUGUGCACCCUGACCCCAAGAGGGAGGUGAGGCGCUUUGUGCAGAGGCCCGGCCAGCUAAACAGUCGAGGUGUCAGUUCUGCCUGGGGAACGGCUGCAGGCACCCCCCACACACACCUUCCCCUCCACCCCAUGCCACACUGUCCUCCCUGCCCAGGCUCUGCACCGUAGGGCAGCUGAGCCUGGUCUCAGUGUGGGGCCUCCCAUCUCAGCCUUGCCAGGAACAGAGAGCACCAAGUCUUAGGAAGGGGAUGCCCCCAAGGGUGCCAGUCCAGCCAGCUGCCCCACCCUUCAGGCUUGGCCUGCCCCCCCGAACCCAAAUCGUGGUGCCCCAGACAGCCCUGUGGGCUAACAUCCACCACCAUGGCCGAGCACCUGGAGCUGCUGGCAGAGAUGCCCAUGGUAGGCAGGAUGAGCACCCAGGAGCGGCUGAAGCAUGCCCAGAAGCGACGUGCCCAGCAGGUAAAGAUGUGGGCCCAGGCUGAGAAGGAGGCCCAGAGCAAGAAGGGCCAUGGGGAGCGACCAUGGAAGGAGGUGGCUGGCCUCAGGCCUCGGAAGCAUGUCCUCUUCCCUCCCAGCGUUGCUCUUUUGGAGUCUGCUGCCCGAAACGACCUGGAGGAAGUCCGCCAGUUCCUUAGUAGCGGGGUCAGCCCCAACCUGGCCAAUGAGGAUGGCUUGACUGCACUACACCAGUGCUGCAUUGAUGACUUCCAAGAGAUGGCACAGCAGCUCCUGGAGGCCGGGGCUGACGUCAAUGCUCGCGACAGUGAGUGCUGGACCCCUCUGCAUGCUGCAGCUACCUGUGGGCAUCUGCAGCUGGUGGAACUCCUCAUUUCACGUGGUGCAGAUCUCCUGGCUGUCAAUACCGAUGGGAACAUGCCCUACGACCUGUGUGAGGAUGAACAGACACUGGAUUGCCUUGAGACUGCCAUGGCCAAUCAUGGUAUCACCCAGGACAGCAUUGAGGAGGCCCGGGCAGUGCCAGAGCUGUGCAUGCUGAAUGACCUCCAGAACCUGCUGCAUGCUGGGGCCAACCUCAAUGACCCUUUGGACCAUGGGGCCACUCUGCUGCACAUCGCCGCUGCUAAUGGGUUCAGUGAGGUGGCUACCCUGCUACUGGAGCAAGGAGCCAGCCUGAGCGCUAAGGACCAUGAUGGCUGGGAGCCUCUGCAUGCUGCAGCCUACUGGGGCCAGGUGCACCUGGUAGAAUUGCUUGUGGCACAUGGGGCUGAUCUGAAUGGAAAAUCUCUGGUGGACGAGACGCCCCUCGACGUGUGUGGUGAUGAGGAAGUAAGAGCCAAACUGCUAGAGCUCAAGCACAAACAAGAUGCACUCCUGCGGGCUCAGGGCCGCCAGCGCUCCCUGCUGCGCCGUCGCACCUCUAGCGCAGGCAGCCGUGGGAAGGUGGUGAGACGGGUGAGCCUGACACAUCGCACCAACCUAUAUCGCAAGGAGCAUGCCCAGGAGGCCAUCGUGUGGCAACAGCCAGCACCCACCAGUCCAGAACCUCUAGAGGAUGAGGACAGGCAGACAGAUGCUGAGCUCCGGCUGCGGCCCCCAGAGGAAGACAGCCUUGAAGUGGCCAGACCACACAAUGGCCAAGUAGGGGUCCCCCCAGGGAGGCACCUGUACUCCAAGCGUCUAGAUCGGAGUGUCUCCUAUCAGCUGAGUCCUGCAGAGAGCAAUGCCCCUGAUGCCCUCGUCCGGGACAAGGCCCACCACACACUGGCAGAACUUAAACGCCAGCGAGCAGCUGCGAAGCUUCAGCGACCUGCCCCUGAAGGGCCUGAGACCUUUGAGCCUGGCCUGUCUGUUGACACUGAGACCUCUCAGCCUGACUGUGGCUUCAGCCCAACUGGGGACCCUCCCCUGCUCAAGCUCACUGCUCCCUCGGAGGAGGCUCCUGUGGAGAAGAAGCCAUGCUGUUUGCUCAUGUGAAAUGUGAUUCCUCAGUGUGGCACGGUUCAACCCCAUGCCCAACCAGAGGCUCCCUCAUGCUCUCUGGCCUGCUGGCCCACUCCAGCACAUACCCCAGUGCUGUAGGCGAGCCAGCACAGAGCCCCGGACCCCCUCCCAGCCCAGGACACUGGCCACCUUGCUCAGGGAUGGACUAUGCAGCACUGUACCUAUGGGCCUCAGGCCACAGACUGCUUCUUCUGUGACUCUUGAUAAAAGGCUGUUUGCCACUGA